AUGACUGAUAUGACUGGUAAAGAGAAUGUCGAGAAUUUUCUAUCCAGAUUUCGUGAUCCACAAACACAUCGUUUUCAUUCAGUUACUGCAUUAGAUUUCUUAAAAUGUUGGCAACAUUAUGAUACCGAUGGAAAUGGUUAUUUAGAAGGUGAAGAAUUGGAUGGUUUCUUACGUGAAUUUAUCACAAGUGUUAUACCAGGUGAAAUUGGCAGUGAAAUCUUAUCGGAAACAGCAAUGCAACAAUUAAUGACUGAAGUAAUGGAUGCCUACGAUGAAAAUAAUGAUGGACGUAUUGAUAUUAAUGAAUUAUGUCAAAUUCUGCCAACGGAAGAAACAUUUCUAGCAUUAUUUCAAAUUGAUACACCAUUAUCAUCAAGUGUGGAAUUUAUGCGUGUUUGGAAACAAUUCGAUACCGAUUUAAGUGGUUCCAUUGAUUCAAAUGAAUUAAAACAAUUUUUACAACAUUUAAUUGUUAUAUCCAAAGUUGAAAUAUCGGAUGAAAAAUUAGAUGAAUACACUGAGACAUUGAUACGACUAUUUGAUCGUAAUGGAGAUGGUAAGUUACAAUUAAGUGAAAUGGCAAGAUUGCUGAGAGUAAAAGAGAAUUAUCUUAUUAAACCAUUAUUUAAUAAUAAUAAUUGUUUAGAUGAACGAACAAUUGAUAGAAUAUUUCGUAAAUAUGAUACUGAUAAUAAUGGUGUAUUAGAAAAUGAAGAAUUAAUGGGAUUUUUAAAAGAUUUGCUAGAAGCUAACGGGGAAGAAGUCAAUGAAGAUAGUUUAAAAACUAUGAAAGAAGGUAUUUUAAAACAAUGGGAUAUUAAUAAAGAUGGGAAAAUUGGUCGACAAGAAAUUAAUGAUUUAAUUUUACAAACUGUUCAUAUAUUACAAGAGAAAGAACAUUUGAAAAAAUUCAAUGAUUCAUAUGA